AGAUCGCCAACUGGUUUUGUGAACUCAGACAACGAAGGUGAUGAAACGGCAAUAUAGGGUGGCCGUUCUGGGUGCAUCGGCAUGUGGAAAAACAUCAUUGAUUCGACGAUUUGUAAGCGACGAUUACACUGAAACUUAUGAUCCUACUAUCGAAGACAGAUAUAAGAAGACUUUGAUGGUACAAGGAUCAUCCGCACAUCUUGAAAUUGUCGACACAGCUGGAAAGGAGCUAGUAAACGAAAUGCUGUCACGAUAUAUUGCCUCCGCUGACGCUUUCAUGGUAGUUUACUCAGUUGGAAGCAGGAUGUCAUAUGAGCACGCAUUAUAUCUUUUCUCACAAAUUGCUCGAGUGAGAGGAGUGGAUACGAUUGCUCGGAUACUGGUUGCCGCAAAAUGCGACUCAGACUACAGGGAAGUUUCACCAGACGAGGGCCAUACGUUGUCAGCUCAGCUUCGUUGUUCAUUUGCAGAAUCCAGUGCCAAGAUGAAUAUUAACGUCCACGAGAUUUUUGAAGAUAUCGUCAUACAGCUACGGUACGUCGAGACAGUUUCGCGAACUGUGUCACGAAAUCAACCUUACCAAAGCACGAAGAAUCCACCGUGUUGCUUUCUAUAGCUCAAUUUCCAGGACAAAAGCAAAUAAUCUGAAGAAAACUUUUUUAUUCCAUUCAGAAUUUCAAGCAUAAG